AGCGAGUUUCAAGUCCACCAAACGCGUAGCGAGUGGGAAAAGGAACCAAAGCAGGGCACAGUAGCGUGCGUGCAUUCCCUCCCUCGCUCGCUCCCUUCGUUAGUUCAAAUUUCAAAAUCGAUUCCGCACUCGCACCUCACUCCUCACUUCACACUCACACACACACACACACACUCUCUCUCUCUCUCUCUCUCAUUCUUCGUUCAAAUCCAAAUCCCAAAAAAUAAAAGAAAAGUAUAAUUAAAAUAAAAUAAUAAUACAAAAAACGUAACGUUACCUUACCUGGCUUGGGUCCUCGUCAAUGAUACGCUCUGGUUAUAGUGCCUAGGUUCGACAUUGUGGUUCGUGUUCCGAUCCUUCUCCCGAACCACCAUGGGUUGCUUCUUCGCUUGCUUCAGAGCUCGCGACUCCACCACCGCUACAGUACCUUCUUCUUGUCCCAACAAUCCCAAAGAUGUUGAGGUCUCUCGAAAUCGUUUAUCAACUUUGUUUCUAUCUGAAGAGAGAGAAGAAGCUGUGCGUGAGGAUGGUAAGAAUUUUGAAGUGGGAUCUCAGAAAGAUGACAAGGGUUUUAAAGAUGAGGCAAAGGUUCUCAAACCUUUGAGUACCGUGUCAAAGACCCCUGCCGAGAAAGUUCAGCUCAAUUGUGAACCUUUCAAUCCCCCAACUCCCAUAAAACAUUGCGAAGAAUGGGGGAAAAGAACUGAUUCUUUAGAGCACACUCCAAGCAGCUGUAUCUCCAAUGCAAAUAGCACUCAAUGUGAUUCUCUUGAUUCUACGGAAGGGAUUAGGACUGGGAAUCUUCAUGCUUUGGAUAGGAAUGACAAGAAUACAGCUUCUGUUUCACCUUGGCCAUCAACCACAUACACUAAGAGGAGGAACAAGUCUGUACGUUUUGAAUGUGACACUGAUUUAUCAUCCUGUGACUCGUCUGAUUAUGGUGGAUGGAAUAUGAAGAAAACAGAGUCACCAAAUAAUGAGAAUGCAUAUAAACCAUCACCUUAUCCUACCCCAAUGAAGCUAUCUGAUGAGAUGCAGACUCCUGGAACUGUUUACCCUGCAACAAGAGAAGACUUACUAAAUGGUAAGCCUCGAGUUAAGUCUCAAUUUGUGUAUCCAAUUUAUAGCCCUGGUGAUGCUGUCUCUCAGAACAAGAUACUGGAGGAAGAGGAUCAUAUCUCUGAACAAGAUUCAAGGAAGCUGAGUGAAUCAGUGGAGCGGUCUCAAGUUACAACUUCUACACCUGAAAAAGCGUUAAAGAAAAUGUCUUAUGAUAGUGAAUCUAAGGUGGAAGAAAGCUUAUCUUCUUGGUUAAAGCCUGCUGCUGUCAUUCUGGAGGAAAGAAACAAGAGAUUGGAGAUUGCUUAUAAUCAGAUCCGCAAAACUCCUGCUGAGAGGCCUAUCAUUGGGAUGGUUGCAGCACAUUGGAAUGAGGAUGAGGAUUCUCAAGUUCCUCCUCCUAAGUGGUGGGAUGGCAAUGGCAUACCAAAUUCAACCAAUAAGUAUAAAGAAGAUCAAAAAGUGAACUGGCAUGCAACGCCAUUUGAAGAGAGGUUGGAGAAGGCAUUAUCUGAGGAAACCUUCAUCACUCAAAGGAAGGAUGCAUGUGGACAACCAAUUCCUUUUGAUGAGAAUGAAGAAAGUGAUACUGCACUAUCUCAGCUGCAAUCUUCAAAUCAUCCACAGUCUGUGGUCUCAUUCUGAUAUCUAUUGUUAAUCUAUGCUCUUUGUCUGGUAUAAGAUAUUUUGGCAUUUGUGGAAACCAAGUCUGAAUCCACCUCGUUCAACAUACUGAUUGGCUGGAACCAGCACUUGAUUAUUCAAAAAUUUUGUGGUAAUGUAGAGCUAGCAAGCCGUGUGCCACACGCUUGCGUUGUAUGUAAGUA